AUGUCUCCCAUUAUAAAGAAAAAGGCUGGUGUUUUAGGUGCAACAGGAAGUGUUGGCCAACGUUUUAUUCUUCUAUUAGCUGAGCAUCCAGACUUUGAACUAUCAGUUUUAGGUGCCUCUCCUCGUUCAGCUGGUAAGAAAUAUAAAGAUGCAGUCACUUGGAAACAAGUUGAUUUACUACCUGAAUCCUCAUCCGAAAUUGUUGUUUGCGAGUGUAAAGCGGAAUACUUUGCUGACUGUGAUGUGGUUUUCAGUGGAUUAGAUGCUGAUUUUGCUGGUGAGAUUGAAAAAGAAUUUGUGGACAAUGGCCUUGUAAUUGUUUCAAAUGCUAAAAACUACAGAAGAGACCCAAAUGUUCCCCUAGUUGUUCCAAUUGUAAAUGUUGAUCAUAUCGAUCUUAUUGAAAACACAAUCAAAAAUCAAACUGAUAAAAAAGGUUUUCAAAUUUGCAUUUCUAAUUGUUCAACCGCUGGUUUAGUUGCUCCUUUGAAACCUUUAAUCGAAAAGUUUGGUCCAAUUGAAUUUUUAACUGCUACUACACUACAAGCUAUCUCUGGUGCUGGAUUUUCUCCAGGUGUGUCUGGUAUUGAUAUAUUAGACAAUAUUGUUCCCUAUAUAUCUGGCGAGGAAGAAAAAAUGGAGUGGGAGGUCAAGAAGAUAUUAGGCUCUUAUGAAACAUCAUCUAAUGAGAUUAAACUACUUUCGGAUAAAGAGAUUAAAGUCUCUGCUCAGUGCAACAGAGUCCCUGUUUCUGAUGGACAUACUGAAUGUAUUAGUUUUAAGUUCAAGUCAAGACCUGCUCCUUCUGUUGAACAAGUUAAACAAGCAAUGAGCGAAUAUGUCUGCGAUGCUUACAAACUUGGUUGUCCUUCUGCUCCUCCUCAUUCAAUAAUUGUUUUAGAUGAAGCUAAUAGACCUCAGCCAAGAUUAGAUAGAAAUAGAGGAAAUGGUUAUGCUGUUACUGUUGGAAGAGUUAGAGAAGAUCCAAUUUUUGAUUUCAAAAUGGUUGUCUUAUCCCAUAAUACUAUAAUUGGAGCUGCUGGUGCUGGUAUUCUAAUUGCAGAAUACUUGUUAGCUAAAAGGCUUAUUUAA